AAGAAAGUUGGGCGCUGUGCUGUAUGGUUCACCUUUCGAAUUGUGACCACCAUCGCCGUCCUCUAUUAGUUUCAGUGCCAGCGUGCUCUCCGUUUACGCUUCCGGACCCUUUUCUCUCUUUUCUCUCUCCUUUAGUGACGGAACUACAGUCGCUGGUCGGGCUGUAAUUCGUUCUCUUCAUGUCCUCAAGAGUACAGCCUGCUAACCUCAAGGAGCGUAUUGCUGCAAUUGAACAACGCAAUAAUGCAUCCCAACGGCAACGGCCUCUAUCACCCCCUCCGACGACCUCCACAGGCUCAUCUUUCCUGACCCCUCAAACGACUGGGAGUGGUGGAGGUGGGGCACUCAAAGAGAAAAUUGCGAGGUUCGAGAAAAAAGGAGGAGUACCUGUUCCUCGGGGUAGUUUCGGGUUGGGAGCACCCCCUCCAGUGGAGAAAGGUCCAAUUAAACGCAGAGGCGAGUUGUAUGGCAACAGAAUACCCUCAGCCGCACGGUCCCAUACAACAGGACCACAACUCAGUAGUGGAGGAAUUUCAACCCACCUAACGGGCCCGUCGCCGCCGAGUCGGUCAGAAGCCCGACAUUCACAUUCGUUUGCUCUUGAUGGGAAUGGGAAGAUACCUGGGUUGGAGUAUGAUGAAAAUAGUGAAGAUACGGGUGGAUUUGAGCCUCCUGAUUCGUCAUUGGGACAACCACAGCAGUUUUUGUCGUAUACCUCUGCUUCGCGUACGUCGUCGCCGGUUCCUCCGGUACCGUCACUAUCAGAUCCGCCACGCCCGGAGAGAGUGGCUAAAGCUGAGCGUAGAGUGGCUUCGGAUUCUGUGCGGAGAGGGAUCGCGUUUGCUACCGCGUUGGAGUUGGCGCGGAAAGUUGAAAGUGAUCAACAGGUAGUGUAUGACCCGCGGUCGCGGGAGACGUCGUUAUCGCCGAACUUAACUGGCUCGAGUCGUCAGAAUUCUCCGCCUAUAGGCGUUGAUGAUGUUUCUCAAAAUGUGCAACAAACGGCCCCGUCUAUUGUCGUUUCUACCGGAGAAGCGGAAGAAGUGGGACCAGAUUUAAUAUUAGAGGAUGACAAGGUGACGGGUUAUGAUGAUGAUCGGGAACAUAUACAAGCCCAGAUUCAACAGGAAGAACCCACACUCCCACUUCCGAUUUCUUCAUCAGAGGUUGAGAGCGAGCAUCCAGAGACUGAAUCACUCGAGACUUCCCAGUCUUCCAAUUUACAAUCGCAGCCUGUUUCCAUUUCUUCCAUUGCACCUGACGCAGGAGACUCUUCUUCCAUAACGUUCGAUGCACCUGUGAACGAGCCAGUCACUAACCCAAAGGUUGUCGAUGAAGUUCUCCCAAAUUCCGCAGUCGAUCACAUUAACGCAUCCGUUGACGUUGAGCCUCCGGCUCUCCCUCCAGCUGUGCCUGUUCCUGCAGAGUCGGAGACGAAGUCAUCCGACGAGCUUUCUCAAGAAAUCGCGCUUUCUGAGACUCACGUUACGGUACUCACCUCCCUUGAGCAAUUGCCAGUCGAGACGGCAGGAGCGACUAACAUAUCGGAGGAUGAAAGUGAUUCGGGUGCCAGUUCUGAGAGUACUAUACAGGAUACAAGGGUCCUGAAGGAAGUCGAUGAAGAUGAUGACUCUGAUCUAUUCGUCAGACCAAUUAAAAGGAGGUCUCCGAUGAACAAUUCAUUUGAAGAACGAUCUUCUCUUGCCCAAAGCAGUGGAGAUAGCCUCGAUAAUGAUGUAUCACCAGUAGCUUCUUCCAAGGAUCCUCUUCCUGAUCCAACGCGAUUGGCACCUUCCACCCCCUCGAAAGCCGCUACAGGCUCUAUGAUUGAUUCAGAGGACUCACAGACUUCUUCCGAAUUGCCUACCGCUCGCGACUCGUACAUAUCCCAAACUUCCCAAACUUCCCAGACGGUCACGAUAGCUUCGCGCCCCGCGAGCAUGAUGGAUUCGUCGAGUCCCGGUCACGUAUUGUUCGCUCAGAGGAUAUCUCCUGCAACCAGCCGAGGUGUUCCGAUUUUCAUUCCUGCCUCUUCUGAAAGGCAAACCACUGAUUCAUCGACACCCUCAACUGUCGAGCCUUUGUAUAUACAGAAACGAAGUGACAAUGACAUCCCAGAGGAGGAUACGGGGAUCUCCGAGUUUGGAACCGUGACUGUUGGAGGGGGUUCAUCGACUCUGAGACCCUCACACUCACGUGGAUAUACGGAGCCUGAGUACGAGAAGAUCAAUAACAGGGUGUCGACGUUCUCGGCGGUGGUUCAUAGGAAAGUGCGAGAGACGCAAACGCUACCGGCAUCCUCGAAGAAGGCUCCGUCUACUCCAUCGAAGAGAAAGCCAGCGUCAGUGGCUGAACCUAUGAGUCCCGGGUUCAACGAAUUGUCAAUGCUCAUGCAGCAAUCGGUGUUGUUGGAAAGUAGGCUCCUGAUUGGUGACUAUCCUGAUGAGAGCGGGGCGAAGCGGGAGGUGGUCGGCCGAGGUGCUAACGAGAAGGGAAGGGAGAGGGAGAGGGAGCACCCUGAGGAGGCUAUGAAGUUGAAGAGGACGAACAGUGGCAAAAGUGGCAAGAGUCACGACUCUGAAGGAAAGAAGCGUAAGCUAAGCCUGAAGAGGACUUUCGGUAUAGGGAAGAAUGCUCGGCGGGAAGGUGUACCUCCCAUGGAAUCGAUACCUGCCUCACCACCACCUCCUGGGGCCAGUGUUAAAGACAUAUCGAGGUCCAAGUCGAUGGAUACGUUGCGUUCCUCGCAGUCAGCAACUGUGCCUCCUCUUCCCAGUUUCUCUUUAGAACCGCCGCCUUUACCCAAACCUGGGAAGGCCCGUUCAAUUCAUGCCUUAUCUACUGAACCAAAACAUACCGACAGCUCAGCCUCGGCAAGCUCGGCAACAGGACCUGGUAGGGACUCAGAUGAUAUACCCCCUACACCUCCACCUAAAUCACCUCCAGGGAAAUAUCUUUCAAGCAUCCGGCGGUUCGCCAGCUCAUCACGUUCGCAUGCUGGUGCGUAUCCACGUCAUAGUGUCUCAAAUUCGUCCGAGCUCUCAUCAGACGAUUCUGUGACUGUGGUUACACCUCCCGAUUACAGCCCAAAUCUCGCUGGCUCAAGGACUUUGCUUGAGACCCGGACCAGAACACGAUCUGGAUCUCGAUCAGGGAAGACGAUAUUAAUUGGGGCUGGUACCCCGCCACCUGGGAUUGCUGAUGAAGACAGAGCGAGUGUGUUUACGACUGGUAGUGGGAGUGUGAAAUGGCCUUCUUCGUCACCAAAGAAGAGUGGAGGGAUGAGUCGGGCAGCUUCGUUUGCGGAGAAGAUGUUUUCGAGAUCGAGGACAAAGUCGAAUACAAGCUCGACAAGUUCGUACGAUUUUCUAGAUCGGUGUGCUACCGGUGAACAACCUAUGUCAAGGGCGCAUCCACCAUCGUCGAUGCCGAUUCUUCCUCACGAUGUCCCAUCCCCAUCCCCUUCGUUGCAUGAGCUCAUUCUCUCGGAACCGGUCUCACUAACCAUACCAGAGAUGAACGAACCCCAACCCUCCGACUCAAAAUUAGUUCGGCCUCCAUCUUGGUUAUCCACAUCAUCAGCUGGCACUGGAUCAAGCUCCGGUUAUUCACGACUCCUUGACAAAGAUUUCUUCGAUUCCUUCCCUCCAGUACCUGAAACGUUACCUCCCAGUCAUACCCGGGUUAAUAGUCAAAAUACGAUUCGUACCCUAUCCCGACCACAUUAACAUUUAUCUGUCUUCCCCCCCUCUUUGUUGCACGCCUACGGUCGGCCUGCACCGACACUCGUUCUGGAAGCAAAUUUUUGGACCUUUGAAUUUGGUUAUAACUUUCCCCCCUACUGAAUGUUUUGCCCUUAUGCUAGAAUCUUCUUCUUAAAAAAAUUGAUUAUCCCACUGCUAGUUUACGCGUUUUGUGCUAUCUUAAAGUAUUUGUUCACUUUUUAUACGUCUGGUACUUUCAGAGUCAGGCUGUCGUUUCCCUCUUUUUUUUUAGUCUUGAUAAUUACUCUACCCUGCAAUUCUGGAGAACUCAAUUAACUUUUCCCUUAGGAGCAUGUACCGUAUUUACAAUAGUCUACGUAUUCACCCGCGUUUUUGCACUGAACGUUUGCGGUCCGGGAGUAGUGCCGGACCACGGCCCG